GAUCGACUUUGGACUUCGCAGCGGACGAGACGAGACGAGACUCUAUAUAGUUACUUUUUCCGCGGCAGAACUCGAGACGCGUUUCUUGGCCUUUCCCCUCUCGCUUUUCCACAACGAACCAUCCAAUAUUUAUAUUUACGCAAGUGCUUUUCCUCCGCGUCGUGAGUUUCCCUCGUUUGUUUACCUCCGAUUAUCGCCGUGUGUGUGCAUGGAUCUUUAUGAAAUGGCCAUGUGUGUGUUAGCCGGUGGCUGAAGUUCGAGUUUUGAGUUUUUAUUUUUGGGACUGCAAUAUUGCAAUUGCAAAACUGAAAGCGACACAUUUUCCUAUGCGGCAUUGCUAAUUUGCUGGACAGAUAACGACGCAUAAAUAACGAUGGGAAAUAGACAAUUCGAUGCCCUUUAGGAAUUGCCCACUGUCUCCAAAGAGCUUGGCGAGUGGAGACUGCGCUCACCGCCACCACGAGUGCCGAACGCCGGGAGAAACCACUUUUUCUUGGCGCCGCGACUUCAGUUUGAAUUCGUCGCUCGGUCGGUGUGGUUCGGUUCGGUUCGCUGUCGCUGUCGCAUUCGAGGGUGAGUGUGAGUACUCACUGAGUGCCAUGACUACCGAGUAGUGAGUGCCGAGCACUGAGUACUGAGUGAUUUAGUGCGCAGGCGUCGCGUUCGAGAUGCUGGGAUAAUGCAAUGCUGAUGUGAAAAGUUCAUUCCCCAAAUAAAAGUCCGGUCUAAAAGUGUGCAAGAAGUAAAAUGUAGCCUGGCCCAGAGCAAAACAAAAGGAGCCACAAAAGAGAUAAAACUCUGCGAAUACGGGUUUCGUUCUUAUCGCGCGUUCUUCUCGGUGUUGUAUUUUAUUUUUUUGCUGCCCAAGUGCUUGACCAUCAAAAGAACCUUUGCACACACUCACACGAACACAGUGCCAGAUCCUUAGGCCUCAGCUUGGCGUUAUUUUUAGACGGCUAACACAAAAAUCUGGGAAAGCCAGGCCAGAGCGGCCAAGAAACCGAGAAACCGCCAGCAGAAAGGCAACCGAAAUGGGCACCAAGUCACCCGGUGGUCCACAGCGCUGCCGUCUGAUCUUGCAGCGCUGCCUGGCCAUUCAGCUGACCAAGCCCGGCCACACGCCCGAGGACUUUUGGAUGUACGACUCGGGAUAUAUGAUAUUUCAGAACUUCCUGGCUGCAAAUGCGCAAUGCUGGUGGAACGGGCCUUUGACUGCUGCCACGAGGGCGUUAAAGUACGCAGGACAUGUGGCGCCCGGAAUGCUGCUGGUUACGGCCGAGCCCUGUGCCCUGGAGGUCCUGCGUGGAGCCUUCGCCCGCAGUGUCCUGAAACCGCCAGCCACUUAUGUAAUCAGCUCAGUGGGUGACAUUGACGAUUGCAUUGUGACGCCAACGGUUCAGGGACAGUUCACGCCGCUUCCAGAGGCACUGUGCGAUGUGAUCAUGGACCUCACCGCCGAGGGCCAGUCGGCCACCAUCGAGCAUGUGCGCGGCAAGCUGGGCUCCCGCUUCCCCCACAUGACCACGCCCGCCACCGAGGUCAUCUACGACUCCCUCGCCCAGCUGAUGCAGGAGCAGAAGAUCUACCAGACCUCCAAGGGAUACUUUAUCUUCACGCCAGAACGCCGACGCAGUCGAUCAAGGCCGCGCAGCAAUCACCACCAGCUAAAUGGGAGCCUGGCCUAUGGCCAUUUGGCUGAGGAGGAGCAGCAGCACGGCGACGAUGUGGUUCCCCAGGAGGCUCGCACUAUGCUGAUGUCGAAUUCGGAGGCUCUCCACUCGCUGUACGGCGAAAUAUCAACGGAGCGGGACGGCGACCUCACCCACCAGUGCAUCCAAACGAAUCUGGCGGAUGUGAUCUGCGGCGGCAAUCCCAAUGACAAAAUCAUCUAUCCAAGAGCGGCGAAGCGACGCAGUGCAUCGUUUCCGACGCCGCGCAGCUUGGAACGCCGGCACAGUUUGCGGCUCUUUGGCUCGUCGAAACGCCUGCAACGCUGCGCCUCCACGCGAAGUCUGUCCAAGACCUACGCCCAAACGCUCAAUACCACGGACAGCAGCAGCUCGGAAUACCAAAGCACAGAUUCGUCAUCACCCAAAAAAGGAUCUUUGCUCUCACGCCUGUUCCGACGCAGCGGUCGAGCCAAGCAGCGACAGAUUGAAACGUAUUCGGCCCAAUUCCCGCCAGCCGAAUGGUUCAACACCAGAGCCGUUCACCUCCACAGCGUGGGCACCCAAACGGCAGAGCACGACAUGCCCGUGGCCCACACGCUGUCCAACUCGACGUUCUACGACGGCUCGGAGCUGAGCCAGCGCUCCUCGACGUUGCCCCGUCGCCAUCGACGCCACAUGUCCAGCGAGUCGACGUUUCUGAUUUCCUCCAGGGACUGCUCGCCCAUCCGCCGCCGAUCGCCGGUGUACUGCAGCAGUUCGCUACCUCGUUCCACGCAGUCGAUACCGGCCACCACGGCCAAGACGAAUCACUCGUCCCGCUUGAGUCAUGGCCACGGAGGAUCGGUGACGCCAACGCCGCCAAAGACGGCACAGAAGUCGGUGAUCGGGAAGCACAUCUUCGAGAGCUCGCCAUCGCGAUCCGCCACGCUGAAAGCGACGGCGGCCAAGCGCCACACGGACGGACUGAUCAUCAACAGUUGUCAGGACAAUAAGGCCACUUACCGGAGCAGCCUGCAGAGCAGUGGUCCCUCGAGCCUGGAGUCCUGCAAGACCACGUCGAUGCUUGCCAGCGGUCCAUCGAGCAUCGACAGCGGCAAGGUGUCCUUUAGCCAAAAGACCAGCGGCCACUCUAGUCUGGACUCGCAGUGCUCCACCAACACGGCAGUGAUAGCGCCAUCUACGAGCAGUAAUGGUGGGAGUUCUCGUUCGAUCCUCCUGCUAAAUGGUUCCCCUCGGGGGACACCACGUCAUCAGGCCAUGAGGGCACGCGUAGCCGAGGCACAGGCGCAACGACAGAGAGCCAGCACACCCAGUCGCAUUCUGGAGGAGAUGGUCUAUCCCGCAGGCAGCAUCAAUGGUGUGCCCACCUCCAGCAGCAAUAACUCCAUCACCCUGCAGGUGACCACUUCGAACGGGAAUCAGAGCAUUCCCAGCACCAAGAUCUUUGUGCAGAACUCACCCGUAAGAAGUGUUAUUACCCUGGAGAAUGGCAAGAUGCUGGAGAACUCUAAUGUUUUCAUUAUAAACAAUGAAACAAUGACCAAUGAGCGGGGCGAGAUUAUCAAGAAAACCUUGUCCAAGCAGACUUCAGCGGCACCAGUGGCCACUUCAACGCCGGUGAAGCCGGAAACGGUUUCCGAGCAGCCACUCAGCGAAACGGAGGCCAACUCCGAGACCUGCGACUCCAUAUCCUUUAUAAGCGAGAGUUCCCCGGAGAACACUUGUGCAGUGGAGGCUGAAGCUCCAAUUUACGAUGGGGGGAAGUACGCGAAGAAUACGAAUAACGAUGCCACCAUGAACAACAGCCGGAAACUGUGCCUCCAGCUGGCCAAUGGCAUUGCCUACAAGAACAACGUGCUGAAGAAUGAAUCCCAGCCCAAUUCACCAAGUGCAGAUGGUCCUCUCAAACUGGCGGCCCUGGCCAAGCAGGAUUUUGAGAUUGCCGGCUCGGUGGGCAACCUGCAUUUCUACGAGAAGAGUUCCAAGGAUGUGGGUGCCUCGCAGAGCAACAACAUGAUGAUGAACAGCAGCACGGACCUCAAGAAUCUGUGCUACGAGUCCGUGAAGUGCUCCAUGAAUGGGGACGAGCUGGCGCUGGCCCAUUUGCUGCAGAAGUCCAGCAAUCCCCUGGGUAGUGAGCCCAAUUUGGCUCUCAAGGAUCUGGCCAAUGACAAGUCCAUUGACAAGGAAGCCAUCGACAGGCGUCUGAGCUUGACCAAGGAAUCCUUGGAGCAGGGCAUGGGCAGCGUGUUGGCCAAUGGCGGCGAGGAGCUGUACAACUUCCCCAGUCUGACCGACCUGUCCUUCAACUUUACAUCCCUGGCGGCGAGAAAGAUUCUCCAGGGUGUGAGCCUGAACAGCAUUGAUACCCUGGUGGAACUCAAUAUGGCAGCAGCGGCGGCGGCGGCAGCAGCGGUCAACAAUGCGCAGGAAAAGCAGCAGAACAACCAGCCGGCUGCGACAGGACCAACUGCAUCCGUUUGCACCGAUUUCGGCAUGGUCUAAAGCAAGACCCAGGGACCUAAUCUAUGAAAAGGCAUCACCUCCGCCCCAACAGAGAUCAUCGCUGUGGGUAUGCCGGAGCAUCUUCGCCUCUUAGUUUAAUCAAACGAAAAACCAUAGGGUCAAGAUAGGAGUUAUCUACUCUACGCAUUUGGCAAGCAAUCUUGUGUGUAAUUUAUUACAAUUUAAUUUCCCCAUUCGAUAGCAGCAAUUUGUAUGUAUUUUCUUUAGGGUCUUAUCGGAAGCAAACUUUUAUUUACAGUGCCAAAAUACGUUUAGAUUAAUUUUAAUACUUAUUAUUUCAUAUGCCAGUUCGUAUUUCGCUUUCCACCACAGAGACACCGCCAAGCGGCUUCUGUUUAAGCAAUCCGAUUUAUGUAAAAAUCCACAACAAAAUACUAUGCGUUAUCCUUACUUUUGUGUACAUUAUUCAAAAUAAUUUUUUAUACACUAACAACGCCCAAAAUGCAAUCCUAUCUAUGCAGACGCGAGCCGUAACAGAGAUGUACUACGAACAUAGAAUUUAGCACUUAAACAGAAAUACAAUAAUUUUGUACAAGGCCUUAAUUAGUAAAGUCAGCAAUAAUACAAAAUAAGUUGAAUCACUAAUAAAAACGAUAUAAACGAAAA